AUGAAUUUUUAAGAUAGCUUGAGUGAAGAGAAAUAUAUUCUUAAGUUUAUUCAAUUAAUUUAAGAUUAGAAAUAUGGUUUUACUGCAAUCAUCACAGAAUACUGCGAAGCAACUUUAGCUUAAGUUCUUGAGUAAAACAAUCUCACAAUCACAUAAGUUUAUGCUUUAGCAUAUUAGCUUAUAAAAGGUUUAAUUUUGUUAUAAGAGAAAGAGAAAGUCUUUAAAUAUAUUGAACCAAACAAAAUAUUUUACAGCAUAUCUAAAAACUAAUUUUUGUUAACUUCAAUAAGCACUUCUUAGGUCAUUGAUUCAUAGUAUGAUUAUGAUGACGAUGAAGAUGUUGAUGUUUUUUCUAUAGGUGUGAUUCUUCUUGAAGCUCUACUUUAAAGAAAACUGAAAGGCAUGGAGUAUCUAAAGCUAAAAACUUAAAAUUUGGUUAGUGUUUUUCCUGAUCUUCCAAAUUAAUAUAAUGAUGAAUUUGUUACUAAGAUUCUAAGCAAAAUGGUAGAACCCACUCUAAGUAAAAGGAGUUAUCCUUUGAGUUUAUUACAAGAGCUAAAUAAAUUUAAAAUAGAUGAAUAAUAACUUAAACUUAUCAAAAUAUAGUAAAAUAUGGAAACUCAAGAUAUUGAACCUUAAGAUUUAGAUUAAAUUAUCUAUCACCAAGAAAAUAUUUCUUAUGAGGAAACUGAGUUAGGAAAUCAACAAUAAAAAAACAAAAAAGAUAAAAAAAUUAAAAGUAAAAAGGUAAAAGAUUCAAAUAUUUACGAAGAAGAAAAUAUUUCUUAUGCAGAAAUUGAGUAAGCAAGAUGGUAGAAAGAUAAAAAAAAUAAGGAUAAAAAGAAAAAUAAGAAUGAUUUAAAUUAAAAUAUUUCUGAGGAAGAAAAUAUUUCUUAUGAGGAAUAAGAAAAUCAAUAACAAAAAAGCAAAAAAGAUAAAAAAAAUAAAAAUAAAAAAGAAAUACAUUAAAAUACUGAUGAGGAAAAAAAUGUUUCUUAUGUGGAAAUUGAAUAAGAAAAUAAGUAAAAAGAUAAAAAAAAUAAGAAUAAAAAGAAAAAUAAGAAGGAUUUAAAUUAAAAUAUUUCUGAGGAAGAAAAUAUUUCUGAUGAGGAAAUUGAAUAAGAAAAUCAACAAUAAAAAAACAAAAAAGAUAAAAAAACUAAAAGUAAAAAGGUGUUAAAUUCAAAUAUUUAAGAAGAAGAAAACUUUUCUUAUGAAGAAAUUGAAAAACAAAGUAGGCAGAAAGAUAUAAAAAAAAAGGAUAAAAAGAAAAAUAAGAAGGAUUUAAAUUAAAAUAUUUCUGAGGAAGAAAAUAUUUCUUAUGAGGAAUAAGAAAAUCAAUAAAAAAAAAGCAAAAAAGAUAAAAAAAAUAAAAAUAAAAAAGAAAUACAUUAAAAUACUGAUGAGGAAGAAAAUGUUUUUUAUGUGGAAAUUGAAUAAGAAAAUAAGUAAAAAGAUAAAAAAAAUAAGAAGGAUUUAGAUUAAAAUAUCUAUGAGAAAGAAAAUGAUUCUUAUGAGGAAAUUGAAUAAGAAAAUCAACUAUAAAAAAACAAAAAAGAUAAAAAAACUAAAAGUAAAAAGGUGUUAAAUUCAAAUAUUUACGAAGUAGAAAACUUUUCUUAUGAAGAAAUUGAAAAACAAAGUAGGUAAAAAGAUAAAAAAAAUAAGGAUAAAAAGAAAAAUAAGAAGGAUUUAAAUUAAAAUAUUUCUGAGGAAGAAAAUAUUUCUUAUGAGGAAUAAGAAAAUCAAUAACAAAAAGGCAAAAAAGAUAAAAAAAAUAAAAAUAAAAAAGAAAUACAUUAAAAUACUGAUGAUGAAUAAAAUUUUUCUUAUGUGGAAAUUGAAUAAGAAUAUAAGUAAAAAGAUAAAAAAAACAAGGAUAAAAUGAAAUAUAAGAAGGAUUUAGAUUAAAAUAUUUCUGAGGAAGAAAAUGUUUCUUAUGAGGAAAUUGAAUAAGGAAAUCAAUAAUAAAAAAAGAUAAAAACUAAAAAUAAAAAAGCAUUAGAUUAAAAUACUGAUGAGGAAGAAAAUGUUUCUUAUAUGGAAAUUGAAUAAGAAGAUAAGAGAAAAGAUAAAAAGAAAAAGAAAAAUAAAAAUAAAAAGGAUUUAGAUUAAAAUAUUUCUGAAGAAGAAAAUAUAUCUCAAGUGGAAAUCGAAGAUGAAAAUUAGUAAGAAACAAAAAGAAAGAAUAAAAAAAAUAAGGAUAAAAAGAAAAAUAAAAAAGGAAGAGAUUAAAAUAUUGAUGAAACUGAAUAUAAUUCUUAUGAGGAAAUUGAACAAGAAUAUCAAAAAUAGGUAAAUAAUUUUCAUAUUGAAGACUGUUAGCCAUUUUAUGAAAAAGAUGAUGAUGACUAUCAAAAAUAAAUAAAUAUUAUUGAUAUCAAAUAAAUACCUCAAUAAUAUAAUUAUGGGAUAGUUGAAAUUUAAUUAAAAGAUAUAAGUGCUGUUGAAGAAGAAAUUAUGAAUCUGAUGAGAUUUCUAACUUUAAAUGUCUAAUUGUAUCAUCAUUAUCAUAGUAGCUACGAAUAAUUGGAAAUAACAGAUAUGUGCAAAGACUUACUUUGUAUUUAACUAAAUUUAUGCUUUAAUUUAGUAAAUUUAAUAUCGCUAAAUCUAGAAUUAGAAGCCCAUUUUGUUGGAGAAGAAUCUAUUGGUAAUUUAAUAGGGAGGUGUAAAAAUCUUUGUUUUCUAAAGCUAGAUUUGAAAAUAUAAAAUCCUUUAGAAUCUAUUUGUUAAGAGGUUCCUCAAAGAGUACCUAAUAUUUCUUAAGGGUUAGCUUAAUGUUAAAACUUAGUUGAUUUAGAUUUGUGGUUAUACGGAAUUACUACUUUGGAUAUAUAAGAUAUUGCUUAUUGCUUAACUCAAAUUCAAAAUUUGAAUUUUUUGAGCUUUAAAUUAAGAAAUUGCUAAAUUACUUAAAGAUGUCAUCAAUUUGCAAAUCAUUUGAAAAAGUUCAAAAAUAUAAUUGUUUUAAAACUUGAUUUUAAUUCAAUCGGUAUUAAUUAUAAUGAUUUAAUUGACAUACUAAAAAGAUUAUAAUCAUUGGAAUACAUGAAAUUCUUAGAAUUGGAUUUAUCGUCAAAUAAUUUGCAUUACACAAGAUAUGAAACAUAAAUAGAAGACAUAGUUUACAAAAGUUUAACUCAUUUGACUCUAAAUUUAUCAAAUAACAAUUUAAGUUAAAAUAAAAUAAAUAAUAUAAUAAAAAUCUUUAAAUCUAGUGAAAAUUUGUUUUCUUUACAUUUCGAUGCACGUGGAAACGUUUUCAAAAGAGGAGAAGAAGAAGAAAAUAUUUGCUUUUAAAAAUUAAAAAAUUUAACGCACUUAAGUAUGAUUUCAUUAAAGAUGUUUUGUAUCUUAUUAAAUUCAGACAGUAUUGAUAUGAGUUUUUAUAAGUGUAAAAAAUUAAUCAGUUUAGAUCUAGAAUUUAGGUUUACAUAAAUAAAUGAUGAAGAUUUAAAUUAAAUUGGAUUGGGAUUAUAAAAAUGUAGCCAUAUAAAGUCGCUUAAACUUGUUAUAAAGGAUUGCUAACUAGGUAAGGUUAGUUUAGAAGAAUUUGGAAAAAACUUGUCUCAAUGUAUUAAUAUCAAUUCUUUACAAUUCAAUAUUAGUAAAAAUAAAAUUGGACUAAUACAUGCUUAAGUGAUAGGAUAAAUAAUAGCAAACCUUUAAAAUCUAACAGAACUAAAUUUAAAUUUAAGUGUAAGCCAAAUCAGGUAAAAAGGUACAAAUUUUAUUGCUCAAGGAAUAGAAAAGUGCAAACAUUUGACAUCACUAUCUCUUAACUUAAGCAAUUCCAUGGUUACAGUAAAUGCUAUUAAAUAAUUAGCAUAAAGCUUAAAACAAAAUAAAAAAAUAAUCAGUUUGGAUCUAAAUUUAGAUGGUAAUAAACUAUCAAGUGAAGCUAUAAAUAGUAUUAAUAUGGUUAUUAAUGAUCAUUUAGCUAUUAAAAAUGUAUCCUUAAGCUUCAGCCAAAAUAACUUCGAUAGGAUAUCAUUUAAUGCAAUGUUAAAUCACUUGUAAAAGUUUAAUAAUUUAUAAUUCUUGUAAAUAAUCUGCAAAUAAAGAAAAUUUUGA